AAGAUGUUUCUUAGAUAUAUUACACUGAUACUGAUAUUUAACUUUACUUUUGCCUCAGAAGCAUGGAAAAAACCAGGAUGUCACAGAAUCGGGCAUACCAGGAAUAUCAGCAUUCCGGAUUGCGUUGAAUUUAAAAUUACUACAAAUGCGUGUCGCGGCUACUGUGAGUCAUGGUCUCUACCUAGCAUAAUGUUGGGCUUCAAACGGCAUCCAGUCACCUCUCUAGGACAAUGCUGUAACAUUAUGGAGGCAGAAGAUGUACCAGUAAAAGUGUUGUGCUUAGACGGUGAAAGAAACUUAAUAUUUAAAUCAGCUGUAUCGUGUGCCUGUUACCAUUGCCAAAAGGAAUAAUUAAUUUGAUAAUAGUUGCAUUUGACACAUAACAGACUGAUUGGAUCAUUAGAGACUUCAUAAUUUACUUAACUGUACAAAUAUAAACUGACGGGACAAAAGUGUAACUUGUAAUUAAUGCAUUACAUUACUUUUUCAAUUA